GCUAGGCGGGCAGGAAGUAACGCCUCCUCUCAGUGUUUUUGAGGCAGAUCGCUGGGGAACGAAGUCGUGGAGGAGAAAUAUUCGGAAUAUCGGUUGUGUCGGUCGCGACAAUCGUAGGAAUCAGGCUGACUCUGCACGUCGGUGAACAUGAGCGCGGCCGCGCAGGUUUGUGCAUGCACCAUGCGGCAAGCCGUUGUCGAGCUCACGGAACAGGCAGAGAUCCUCGGGAACCCGGAUCCACUCCCUCCACCACUGACCCUGACCCUGCAGCCUGUUCUGGUGGAUGACUGUGAGCGGUUGGGGACACUUUUUGGGGAGCUCAACAAGUGUCUGAAGGCUGUGGGCUUUCCUCAGCUCUACUUUGGUGAGAAGAUUGUGGAGCCUGUGGUGGUGGUCUUCUUCUGGCUGAUGCUGUGGUUCCUGGGCAUCCAGGCACUGUGCCUAGUGGGGACACUCUGCAUCAUCAUCAUCUACAUCCAGAAGUAGCUCCUGUAGAAGACUAACAACUGUUCCUCCUGCUCGUGUGCUUCUUUGGGCUCUUCACACUAAACACACCUGUGUAUCCAGUGCACAUAGCACUAGCCAGGAGGAAGGACUACCCAAGGCUCAAAGGAGCUCUGAAUUCAGUAGCAACCCAUCUGACUGGUCACUGGAAGCAUUUUCUCAUUUUUAUAAUUUUCAAAAAAAUGAAUUUUUUAGUUUACGUUCAAUAUACUGCAUAUUUAUAUCUGACAACUUGUCUUUUGGAUGAACUUCAGACUAAAAGGUUUAUAAGAAGUGCUUUUUUUGUAAUAAUGAAAUGUAAAAAAGUCACUGCAUUUGCUCAGCUGGCCUCUUCUUGAGGGGAUAAGUGAUGCAUGGCUAAUUUAUCAGAUAUCACUGCAUUGUUUUGAAGGAUGGAACAGUUGCACUCAUCACAGAAACAGUGCAUUUUGAAAAGGCUCAUGAGCCUGUCAAUACAGGUCUUCAGUCAACGUUCAGACCCUUAGGGUUAGGGUUAACUCAAACCCUAACCAGCACACUUUACAGCAGAACUACGGAUUGCACAUGUGUUUAUGCAUCAUCAUUUUAACAACAUAGUUUUGUGUACAGUACUUAUUUUAUUUUUUUAUAGCUUACAGUUAUUGCCAUUUGGAAGGCUUACUGAAGGUUUACUUAACCUGAGAAAGAUCACAUGGAGUGUAUGAAAGUGAAACUGAGAUUUCCAUCAUGGUUUCAUAAUGACCAAAGAGAUUAAGUAAAAAAAGAUGGUUUUCACUGCUGAUUCAACUUAAAACACACUGCGAAGCAGACUUUGUAAAUUAAUUUCUGAAUG